AUGGAUAAGCCGACUCCUAGAAUCAAUGUUUCUCUUUGCGAACAAUUUGUUGAUCAGACUGUACGAAUGAUUGUUAAAGUUAAAAAAUUAAAAGGAGAUACUGCUUUAGUAGAUUCAUGUGGGUUGAUAGAAGUUCAUUUAAAUCGCGAUUCUAAUUUUAUUGAAGGAAAUGCAUUUGAAAUAAUAGGUAAAAUUAAUCCAGAUCUUUCUGUAAAUGUUUUAACUGCUAUAAAUUUUGGAAAAGACAUAGAUUUUGAAGCAGUUAAUUUGGUUGUUCAAGUAUCCCAUAAAUACCAUGAAUUAUUUUAUUAA